AUGGACUUCAACCGCCUGCGCUGCAACACGCUCCCCUCCUCUCCCUCAGAAUCGCAUUUUACCCUCCCCGAGGCCCCGUAUCCCGCCUACCACAGCACCAAAACGGCUACCACCAAUCGCCUCCGCACCAACACGCUGGCCACACCCAGCCACACCCAUGCCAACGCGCACGGUCUCCCCAGUCCGCACUCGCCCACGCAUGGACUAGCCAAUGUGCCACUGAAGCCCGCUGGCCGCCUUCUUCGCCUUUUUGCUGCGGGCGCCGUGUUCGAGACGUGCACGCUCUCUGUGCCCACACACCCCGCGGAGGGCACGACCACAACGCGUGCCCCUGGCGCACAGACGACACGAGGCGGGAGCGCGGCGAAGAUCCUCGCCUAUGUGGUCGAGCUCGGACGGGUUGCUGUUGAAAGUGGUGUGCUCAACAGAGAGUACGGUGCGAGUGGCACGGGUGGUCAGGGAGGGUGGAUGGGAGGGUUGAGGAGGAAGAAGCGAGACAAGGACGACAGACCGGGGACAGGUUCGUCUGGAACGGGAGGUGGGUCAGGUACGGCAAUGCCAGAAGGAGGAUUUGUGAGCUCUGGGAACGCAAAUGACGCGCCGGGGGACAUUGUGGAGGCGAUGUUGAUCGCCAGUCUGGGUGGCGCAGAGGAGGGCGUCGUGUUGCGCGCCGCGAUUGAACGCGUCGGUGUGCACACGCGUUUUUGUAAGGUAUGGGACGGGCUAGGUGUGCCAAAGGCAUGGGUGUUGCAUGCAGCGGACAGCGACUCGCAUACAGUCAUCAACCAUAAUCCUCUCCCCGACCUCUCGCACGAAGAUUUCAUAGCCCUCCUCGGACCUAUACUCGCACCUGAGAACUAUCCCUCGCUUUCGCCCAAUGCUCAUCCAAAUCCGCAUUCACACACAAUCAACCUCAACCGCUCUGUUGCACCACCCCAUCCCACCCAUGGCCAUGGCGGUCAUAGACAUACCCACGGACGCGGAAACUCAGGAGACGGCUGGAAUCCUGCCAUCGCUCCGUCACCGAGCCCAGGAACCCCGGCGCCCUUCGACUGGAUUCACUUCGAGGGCCGCUCGGUGCGCACGACACUCGCGAAUAUGGCUGGACUGGACGGGUUAGCACGCGAACGACAAUGGCGGCACGCGUGCGCAUUCAGCUUGGAUCUGGGACCUGGGCGGGCUGGGGUCGAGUCGUUAAUCACACACGCUGAUAUCAUCUUCGUCACGCCUCUCUACCCACCCCUCGCCGCCGUCCUGAAACCCUCCACCGGUGCUGGCCCCAGCGCGGGACAGGGCGACACCAAAGCCCACGCGCUCUCCCCGCGCACGCUGCUCCUCUCUCUCGCACGCAGUGCGCCUCCGCACGCACUGCUCGUCGCGUACUGCGGGCGCUCGCGCGGGGCAGCAGCGCUCAGCGUGCCGACGCAGGAGUACUACCGGAGCUCGGAGCUCGUCAAAGACACGCCACCCGCAAAAGCGGACGAGGACAAGAGCAAGAAGGGCAAGGAGCGGGAGAAGCCUAGCGAUGAGACGCCUGCUGCGAUGGAGGAUGAUCCAGACGCGUUCAUCGCGGGUAUGAUAUUCGCACUUAGCAGACGCGUUGUUCCCGGCCCGCCGUUCUGUCCUGCGUCUUCGGAUUCGGCCAUGGCGCCUCAGCUCGAUGACGGGCCUGAAAAGGGCCAGACGCAGUGGAACCUUUCGGAGUGUCUGCGGUUCGCGACGGAGAUGGCCGAGCGCGCAGUACGUGUGCGUCAGAGCAGGGGUGUGAGCGAGUGGGGUGGCGGAUUUGGAGUAGGGAGGGAGAUGGCGCGGGCCGGGUGGUUUGAGGGACCAGAAUUGCGAUGA